AUGUCAGACAUGAACGAGGUCUUGGAAAGGCAAGAGCGAGAAACUAGAGAAAGAAGGCGUAGACGAGCUGCAGGCAAAAGGGUGCAGAGAGAACUAGAUCAACAAAUUGUCAUAGCAGUGGCUUUGCUUAAAUGUGGUUCACAAGUCGGUCGUGGCCCGAAUGUGGACAGACAUAGGCAUUCUCGAGGUAAGAAUCUUCUGGAAGAUUCUUUUAUCCCAACUUCUCUAUACUAUGAUGUGGAUGAGAUUGCCUGGAUGGGGAAGUCCACUACUUUGGACAGAUUGGUAAGAUUUUGUGAUGUAGUUGAAACUCUGUACACCAAGGACUACCUGCACAGACCUACACGCAGGGACUUGCAACGGCUUUUACAAAAAGCCGAAGCUCGAGGAUUUCCAGGAAUGAUUGGUAGGCCAUAUGGAAGACCUGUGGAUUCCCUUAGAGACGAUCACAAAAGAAAAAAUUGUGAGAGAGUGGAGAAGAAGUUCAAGAAUGAGAAGGACAUGCAAGAUUGUACCAAGAGGUCUGCUGCUCAGUGGCAAGUAGUGCUGAGAAGAACCUACUCUUGGUUCAAACCAGGAUAUAGACUCUUCGAAAAAGAACCCAAGGAAAAAAACGAAAGAAAGGAAUUUAGGCACAAGUUUAUGGGUGUUGUUUUGAACAAGGAUCUUCCAUACGGAGGAGGCAUACCACCAAGCUCUCAUCUGGUGGAGAAGUGUAUUAGACCAACUUCUGUGUGA